AUGCCUGAAAUUGAUAUAAUCCUAUAUCACGGUGGUCCGCUUAAGAAUGUGAAUGCGAACAAGGGAUUGCCAUUUGAAGGGCCGGGUAUAAAGACCUAUUAUACCCAAAUUGAUCGUAGGUUGAAGACCCUUGACGAAUUGAAGAUGAUGGUUAUGGAAGAGUUGUGUAAGAACCCUGCUGUGCACAACAUACACAUUACUUAUCGCAUGCCAAAUGAAAUCCUGAAGCAUCGGAUUAAUUACAAGUACAUGGCGAUAGAAGCAGACAAACAUGUGAAGAUCAUGUUUGACAAGUUGGAGAGAAUACCUGAAGUAACUAACAUUGAGUUGUACAUACAGUUGGAGCCACGUGCAGAAGUUGGUAUUGAGGAGGAAAUCCAGCAAACACAAACAAGUUUACAAGUUACAGUUCCAGAUGCUCAAUACCAGUAUUUUACACAUGAUGAGGAUGAUGACUAUGUUGAUGAAAAUAUUGCCAUUAACGGUGAAGAUUUUGGCGAUAGAGAUGAGAUUGAAGACAUGAUUGAACAAGGGGACUUUAGGGACUUUGAGAGGGACAUUGAUGACGAUGAGACAUUGGACGGUAGUCAACCUGAUGCAUACAAUGUUCUUAGUGUCCAAAACAUUACAGACACAAUCCCUGUGUACUCACCACCUGCCUUGUCAUUUUCUGAAAAUACUUUGGAAAAUUUAUUUGAUCCUUCACAUAUUGAGACACCAUUUGUGUCUAGUUGGAGAGAGGGGAUGAAUUUGUGCAAAGACUUGACUUUUGCCAAUAAAAUGGAGGUGCAACGCAUAUUAACAAAGUGUGCCCUCAAGGAAAACAAACAUUUUAUCAUCAGUAGGUCAACCACGACAAAACUUUGUGCGAAAUGCGUUGAUGAGUCAUGCACGUGGUAUGUCUGCGUAGUCAUGAAGCCCAAGUUCCACAAUCUAUGGAUGGUCACCGUGUACAAGGGUCCUCACACGUGUAUAUGGACUGGGGUGCGAAAUGAUGGUAGAAUGAUGAGUUGUAAAUUUAUUGCAGAUGACAUCCUUAAGAAGUUAUGUGAGGAUCACACUACCCCAAUUAAGCAUCUCAGAUCUAUGAUAGAGUCGAAAUAUGAGGGACAAAAGCCUUCUUACUACAAGGUGUGGGAUGCGAAAGAAAAGGCGAUUGAGAAGAUGUUUGGAAAUUGGGAAGAGUCUUACCAAAGGUUGCAGAAGUUGCUAAUGGCAUAUAUUGAUCAGGAUCCGACUACGCAGGUGUUCUAUCGUACCAUAUCCACCGGUGAAGAUGACACAGUAUUUUUGAAUUAUGUGUUUUGGUCUUUCGGUCCAAGCAUUGAUGGAUUCAAAUAUUGCAAGCCGGUUAUCAGUAUUGAUGGGACCCAUCUGUAUGGUAAAUAUCAGGGAAAGUUGUUGGUUGCAAUGGCAACCGACGCUAACAACAAGGUAUUCCCUCUUGCCUUUGCUAUUGUGGAUUCUGAGUCAGGGUCUAGUUGGAGGUGGUUUUUACAAUGCCUCAGAGAUGCGAUUGGCCGCGUGAUACCGGACGAAGGCAUUUGCGUAAUUUCUGACCGACAUCUCGGUAUCAAAAAUGCCAUUGCAAACUGGCCUAGAAGGGAUGAUGGAAGAGCACUGGUAUUUCAUAGAUAUUGCCUUCGACAUGUUGCUAGCAACUUUAACACACAUUUUCAGAACUCGACUCUGAAGUCAGCGGCGUUGAAAGCCGGAUAUGCUAGUCAGGCAGUGAAAUUUACCUCCAUAAUGGAGACCAUUAAGCAGGCGGAAAUUGAGGCCAUUAGAAAUAAGAAGAAGUUGACGGGGAAGGAUGGCAAGGAAAAGAAUCAAGAUUAUCUUCCAUACACAUACCUAAUGAGCGAGUCUGUGGAUAUGUGGACCCAGUCACAUGAUGGUGGGAGACGCUUUGGGGCAAUGACAACCAAUAUAUCAGAGUGCUUCAAUGGUGUAUUGAAAGGUGCACGGGGCCUUCCUAUUGCCGCGUUGGUUGAGUUCACUUGGAACAAACUUGUCAGUUAUUUCCACGACCGUCGCAAAGAAUACCUUUUUGAGUUCUCAGAGGGUAAGAAAUGGAGUAAAUAUGCCUUCUCCAAGUGGGAUGAGAAUAAGAGUAAAUCUGAGAAACAUUAUCUCAAGCCAUUUAGCAAUGAAGAGCUGAUAUUUCAAAUAGUUACCCAACUCAACACGUGUAGUGCAGGAGGGGGAAACCACAGUUAUGAAGUUCGGUUACAGGAAAGAACAUGCAGUUGUGGGAAAUGGCAAAACAUAGGGAUCCCGUGUUCACAUGCAAUCAGAGUAUGUGACUAUUUAAAUAUUGAUUCGACCACAUAUAUUCACCCGUGUUAUGGUUUGAACAAUGCCAUUAACACUUAUGAGCAUGCAUUUGUGAUUCCUAAGUCUCCGGGCUUAUGGAGGGAUCCCAUAGGGCCAAAGUGGUUGCCUAAUCCAGCAUUGUUGCGGGCCAAAGGUCGACCAGUGAAGUCGAGAAUAAGGAAUGAGAUGGAUGGAGUGAGGAAUAAGGAGUGA